AAGCACUUGACUCCAACAAUACGGCGAGCUACAUCGACGGAUUCCUGAGUAAGUCUUACGACUUGGUCAUUUCAAAACACGCAAUCAGCCAACGACUCCAAGCUUUUCACCUUCGAUUACAAGGGUUUGUGUGGGUUUUCGUUUUCAGUGGAAGAUAGUGGCAAGGGUUUUGAAGAUUUAAAGAACUUGUAGAUUUUGGCAGUCCUUAGAACUACGGUUUUGAAAAUGAGUGACAAUCUGCUGGAUAAACUCAGUGCUUUUGGCGAGCGCUUGAAGAUUGAAGGGUCUGAGGUCAGCCAAAAGAUCAGUGCUGGAAUGAGCUCUAUGAGUUUCAAGAUGAAAGAGUUCUUCCAAGGCCCAAAUCAGGUGGAUAAACUUGUUGAAGAAGCGACUGCUGAAACUCUAGAUGAGCCUGAUUGGGCCACGAAUCUUGAGCUUUGUGACAUGAUUAAUCAGGACAAGAUCAAUAGUGUUGAUUUGAUACGUGGGAUAAAGAAGCGGAUCAUGUUGAAGAGCCCUAGGGUUCAGUACUUGGCUUUGGUGUUGCUUGAGACUGUUGUUAAGAAUUGUGAGAAAGCAUUUUCGGAGGUUGCAGCUGAGAGGGUGCUUGACGAGAUGGUGAAGCUGAUUGAUGAUCCUCAGACUGUUGUUAAUAAUCGGAACAAGGCUCUGAUGAUGAUGGAAGCAUGGGGGGAGUCUUCUAAUGAGCUCCGGUAUUUGCCUGUUUACGAAGAGACAUACAAGAGCUUGAAAUCAAGAGGCAUAAGAUUCCCAGGUCGUGAUAAUGAGAGUUUGGCUCCUAUAUUUACUCCUCCUCGUUCAGUCUCCGCUUCAGAAUCAAAUGUUAGUCUUGCCCAACAAAUUAAUCAUGAGAUUCCUGUGCAAAUCUUUUCUGCUGAGCAAACAAAGGAAGCUUUUGACGUGGCACGAAAUAGUAUUGAGCUUCUUACCACUGUUAUAUCAUCUUCACCGCAACAAGAUUCUUUGAAGGAUGACUUGACAGCCACACUCGUACAACAGUGUCACCAGUCCCAAUUUACUGUGCAGAGAAUCAUCGAGACCGCUGGGGAUAAUGAGGCCUUGCUCUUUGAAGCCUUAAAUGUGAAUGAUGAAAUUCAGAAAGUCCUAUCCAAGUACGAAGAAAUGAAUAAAUCCUCAGGGAUUCCCCGGGAGCCAGAACCUGCAAUGAUAUCUAUUGCUGUUGAGCCUGAUGAAUCACCUCGUUUAGGCAAAGAAGAGGCCCUGAUAAGAAAACCAGUGGGCUCUCGUGGUGGAGCCCCGGGAGGGAGCAAUGAUGACAUGAUGGAUGAUCUUGACGAGAUGAUCUUUGGUAAGAAAGCAGGUGGAACAUCUGAAGUGGGGCAUGAUACAAAAAAGCAACAAUCAUCACCAAAAGAUGAUCUGAUCAGCUUUUGAGUUUCAUUUACAGAUAAAAUUUUCGGGGUGGAGCAGAAGAGGCCUUUGAUGAUGUUGGCAUUAGUCCAUUUAGGUGUUGUUGGCAUGAAGUUCAAUGACUAAAACCAUCAUGAACGGGACUGCAUACUUUUUUUCUUUUUCUUUUUUUCACAUGGUUUAAUACUUAAAGACUCCUAUUUCAUUGUUAAAGCAUAUAUUGUGGAAGUAAUUCAUGUUUUAGCUUGGGUGGAUUGUUCACGAGACAUGUGACAAUAUGUUUAAUAUGAACAUAUCUGGUGGCGGUGGGAUCUAAUGUUUGAUGUAGUUGUGUAAAUGGAUGAUAUGUUUAUAUAUGACCUGUUCGUUU